CCUCCCCCGCCCUCCCGCCUCCCUUCUCCUGCUCCCUCCCCAUCGACCUCCAAGAUAGAUUCCCUCAGGAGCAAGGUUGACCUGCUCAAGCUGCCCCUGGCUCUCUCCACCAAGUCCAUCGCCGAGCGCAAGAGCCAGCUGGGAGGAGUCGGCGAGCAGCGCGGCCCGGGCGGAGGAGGAGGAGGAGGAGGAGGAGGAGGAGGAGGCGGAGGAGGCGGAGGAGGAGGAGGAGGCGGGAUCAUCAAAGUCCGCUCGCCGCCGACCCGAGACAUGGACAACGAGUCGCAGUACUCGGGCUACUCGUACAAGUCCUCCCACUCCCGGAGCUCCCGCAAGCACAGGGAUCGGAGGGAUCGUCAUCGCUCUAAAAGUCGAGACGGCAGCAGUCGAGGAGACAAGUCGGUCACCAUCCAGACGCCCGGGGAGCCGCUGCUGGACGCCGAGUCGACACGUGGAGACGACCGGGAUGACAACUGGGGGGAAACCACCACGGUCGUCACCGGCACCUCGGAGCACAGCAUCUCCAACGAGGACCUGACGCGUCUCACCAAAGAUCUGGAGGAAACGACUCCGCUGGAGUGUAAGCGUUUUGUCGGCCCGAUCCUCGGAGGCUGCCUGAGCUUCUUCGCCCUCGUCACGCCUCUGGCCUUCCUCAUCCUGCCCCAGGUCCUGUGGAGAGACAAACUCGCUCCCUGCGGAACGCCCUGCGAGGGCCUCUACGUCUCCCUGGCCUUCAAGCUCCUGGUCCUGCUCAUCUCCUCCUGGGCGCUGUUCCUCCGGCCCACCCGCACCACCCUGCCGCGCUUCUUCGUCUUCCGCUGCCUGCUGAUGGUGCUGGUGUUCCUGUUCGUGGCCUCCUACUGGCUGUUCUAUGGCGUGCGGGUGCUGGAGCCCCAGGAGGGCGACUACAGGGGGAUCGUGGAGUACGCUGCCUCGCUGGUGGACGCUCUGCUCUUCAUCCAGUACCUGGCUCUGGUGCUGCUGGAGGUCCGGCACCUGCAGCCGGCCUUCUGCCUGAAGGUGGUCCGCAGCACGGACGGAACCAGCAAGUUCUACAACGUGGGCCACCUCAGUAUCCAGCGAGCAGCUGUGUGGGUGUUGGAUCGUUAUUACAGCGACUUCCCCGUCUACAACCCGGCGCUGCUCAACCUGCCCAAGUCCAUCCUGUCCAAGAAGAUGACCGGCUUCAAGGUCUACUCCCUGGACGAGAACACCACCAACAACUCCACGGGUCAGUCCCGGGCCAUGAUCGCAGCCGCUGCCCGGAGGAGAGACAACUCCCACAACGAGUUCUACUACGAGGAGGCGGAGAUGGAUCGCAGGCUCCGCAAACGCAAGGCCAGGUUGGUGGUGGCGGUGGAAGAAGCCUUCACGCACAUCAAGCGUCUCCACGAGGACGAGGUCACGUCGUCGCCCAAACACCCGAGAGAGGUGAUGGAUCCUCGGGAGGCGGCUCAGGCCAUCUUCGCCCCGAUGGCGCGGGCCAUGCAGAAGUAUCUGAGGACCACCCGCCAGCAGGCGUUCCACAGCAUGGAGAGCAUCCUCACACACCUGCAGUUCUGCAUCACGCACAACAUGACGCCCAAGGCCUUCCUGGAGCGCUACCUCUCCCCUGGCCCCUCCGUGCAGUACCAGCAGCAGAAUGGCAGGGGGCGCCAGUGGACCCUGGUGAGCGAGGAGCCGGUGACCUCUGCCCUGCGCCAGGGCCUGGUCUUCUCCCUGCGCCGCUCCGACUACUCCCUGGUGGUCUCGGUCACGCCGCUCCCCUUCCUGCGGCUCGGCGAGGAGUUCAUCGACCCAAAGAGCCACAAGUUCGUGAUGCGGCUGCAGUCGGAGACCUCGGUGUGA